AUAAUAAAGUUAGUAAGUGUAAAAUCAUUGAAUUUUUUUUCUAAAGUAUACGAUGAAACAAGUAGCUGGUGUAGAGCAGAAGAUUGAUACCAGAUAUGUGCGCGUGAAUGCACCGAGAGCAGGCAAUGACCAUUCUAGCUAGUGUGAAUAUUCUAAUAAAGCAAUGUAUAGAUCGGCUCAUGGAUCUUGAAUUUUCCACCCCACCCACUAAUCCACCACCACCACCACCACCACCAUGUGGCUUCUCCGGCGCCGCUGCCUCUCCCUCCUCGCGAUCGCCUCUUGCUUUCUCCUCAGCUUUCUCCGCGCGCACGCCAAUCCCUACGACUAUCCGACCGCCAACCUCUCUACCGUGUGGACCAACAACCCCUCCGUCCUCCACCACAACGUCACCUUCGCCGACGGCUCCUCCGUCCGCGCCAUCCUUCUCCGCCUCAACCCCGCCGGAUUCGGCCCCUCCUUCGCCUGCGGCUUCUUCUGCGUCGCCGCUUGCGACGCCUUCCUCUUCUCCGUAUUCAUCGGCUACAGCGCCGCCCACGGCUAUGGCUACGUCCCCGUUCCAUCGCACCGACAGGUCGUCUGGUCCGCCAACCGCGCCCGCCCCGUCCGCGAGAACGCCACGCUCCAGCUCACCCAAGCCGGCGACUUGAUUCUCCGCGACGUCGACGACUCCCUCGUGUGGUCCACGAACACGUCGAACAAACGCGUGGCAGGUCUCAACCUCACAGAGGCCGGAAACUUGCUGCUCUUCGAUCGCGCCAACGCGCCUGUCUGGCAGUCCUUCGACCACCCCACCGACACGCUCGUCAUCGGCCAGUCGCUUGCCGAAGGGAUGCGCCUCACCGCCAACGUCUCCGCCGUAAAUUUCACCCAGAGUAGACUCUACCUCGCCGUCUUCCGCGACGGUUUCCGCGCCUACGUCGACUCCGAUCCCCCGCAGCUCUACUACGAGUACGGCAUCACCGGAGCGAAAGCCGUGAACAAGUCGGCGUCCGUCACCUUCACCAACGGUAGCCUGUCCGUCUUCGUUCCCUUCACACAACCAGGCGAGCCCAGUGCGUCGAUCUCGCUACCCCCGGCGAAGUUGGCUCAGUACAUGAGGUUCGAGUCCGACGGGCACCUGAGGCUCUACGACUACAGCAUCGCCGGGUGGAGGGUGGUGCAGGACGUGCUCGAUGUGUACCCCGACAACUGCGCUUAUCCGACGGUGUGCGGCGAUUACGGCAUUUGCACGGGCGGCGGACAAUGCAGCUGCCCUUCGACUGACUAUUUCCAGCAAGUCAACGACCGGGAAGCUAAUCUCGGUUGCGAGCCGUUGACUCCUUUAUCUUGUGAAUUUUCAUAUGAUCAUGAAUUGUUGCCUCUCACUAACGUCUCUUACUUCAAUUAUGUCGACCCCGAUGCGGCCGCGUUUCAGAGUAUGGUCAGCGAAGAGAGUUGCAGGACGGCUUGUUUGAAGAAUUGUUCGUGCAAAGCCGCGUUUUUUCAGUUCGGUGGGGGAAAUACUACUCAUGGUAGCUGCUACUUGCCGUCGGAGAUCUUCUCGAUGCAGACGAAUCAACCGGCGAUAAGUCAUUACAGUUCUUCUGCAUACGUUAAGGUGCAGAGAGUCCUCUCACCCCCUGCUUCUGCCCCUUCGAAAAGCCCGGAUUUUACUAAGAAGCAGUCUAAAACAGGAAUUGUGCUGGGUAUCGUGCUACCUGGAGUUUUCAUAGUGUUAAUUAUCAUUGCAAUUGUGCUUGGGCUAAGGAGAUGCAGCAAAGAGGAAGAGGAGGAGGAGGAACUUUUGGAUCGAGUCCCGGGAAUGCCAAGGCGGUUUUCAUACAAGGAAUUGAAAGAGGCUACCGAGAACUUCUCUAGGAAGCUCGGAGAGGGAGGAUUUGGGUCGGUUUUCGAGGGGAAAAUUGGCGACGAAAAGAUCGCCGUGAAGCGUUUGGAUGGGAUAGGCCAAGGGAGGAAAGAAUUUUUAGCCGAGGUUGAGACUAUUGGUAGCAUUCACCACAUUAACCUAGCAAAGAUGGUUGGAUUUUGUGCUGAGAAAACGCAUAGGCUUCUUGUUUACGAAUUCAUGUGCAACGGCUCGCUUGAUAAAUGGAUCUUCAAUGCGGAUCGAAUCUCCCUUCUUGAUUGGCAUACUCGGCGCAAAAUCAUCUUAGACAUAGCAAGGGGUCUUUCGUAUCUUCACGAAGAGUGCAGGCAAAAGAUUGCCCACUUAGACAUCAAGCCGCAAAAUAUCCUCUUGGACCAAAAUCUCAAUGCUAAAGUAUCCGAUUUUGGAUUAUCGAAGCUAAUCGACAGAGAUCAAAGCCAGGUAAUGACUCGAAUGAGAGGCACGCCGGGGUACCUAGCGCCGGAGUGGUUGACUUCGAAGAUCACAGAAAAGGUCGACAUCUAUAGCUUUGGUAUCGUCGUAAUGGAGAUUUUGUGUGGGAGAAAGAACUUGGAUUAUUCUCAGCCUGAAGAGAGUAUUCAUCUAAUUAGCUUGUUGCAAGAGAAAGUUAAAGCCGGUCGGUUGUUGGAUAUAGUCGAUUGUUCCAACAAAGAUAUAAAGUUGCCCGAAGAAGAAGUGAUUGAAAUGAUGAAACUCGCGAUGUGGUGCCUGCAGAUCGAUAGUAGUAGAAGGCCUCCGAUGUCUACAGUAGUGAAGGUUCUGGAAGGAGCGACCGGUGUGGAAACUAGUCUUGAAUACGAUUUUGUAGCUACUAGUACAGUAAUGUCUAGCGGAGACGAUCGUCCAGGCUCUUUGUUUGUUCCUCCUGCAUCAGUUUUAUCAGAACCUAGGUCCACCACCACCACCACCACCACCAUGUGGCUUCUCCGGCGCCGUUGCCUCUUCCUCCUCGAGAUUGCCUCCUGCUUUCUCCUCAGCUUUCUCCGCGCACACGCCAAUCCCUACGACUAUCCGACCGCCAACCUCUCCACCGUGUGGACCAACAACCCCUCCGCCCUCCGCGACUACUUCACCUACGCCGACGGCUCCUCCGUCCGCACCAUCCUUCUCCGCAUGGAACCCUCCGGAUACAGCCCAUCCUUCGCCUGCGGCUUCUUCUGCGUCGCCCCUUGCGACGCCUUCCUCUUCUCCGUAUUCAUCGUCGACACCGACAGCGGCGGCUUCCUCAGCAACCCCCCCAAUGCUGCCCCGCAGGUCGUCUGGUCCGCCAACCGCGCCCGCCCCGUCCGCGAGAACGCCACGCUCCAGCUCACCCAAGCCGGCGACUUGAUUCUCCGCGACGUCGACAACUCCCUCGUAUGGUCCACGAACACGUCGAACGAACGCGUUACAGGUCUUAACCUCACGGAAGCCGGAAACUUGCUGCUCUUCGAUCGCGCCAACGGCCCUGUCUGGCAGUCCUUCGACCACCCCACCGACACGCUCGUCAUCGGCCAGUCACUUUCCGAAGGGAUGCGCCUCACUGCCAACGUCUCCGCCACGAAUUUCACCGAAAACAGACUCUACCUCGCCGUCUUCCGCGACGGUUUCCGCGCCUACGUCGACUCCGAUCCCCCGCAGCUCUACUACGAGUACGGCAUCACCGGAGCGAAAGCCGUGAACAAGUCGGCGUCCGUCACCUUCACCAACGGUAGCCUGUCGGUCUUUGUUCCCUUCACACAACCAGGCGUGCCCAACACGUCGAUCUCGCUACCCCCGGCGAACCUGGCUCAGUACAUGAGGUUCGAUUCUGACGGGCACUUGAGGCUCUACGAUAAUAGCAUCGCUGGGUGGAGGGCGGUGCAGGACGUGCUCGAUGUGUACCCCGACAACUGCGCUUAUCCGACGGUGUGCGGUGAUUACGGCAUUUGCACGGAUGGCGGACAAUGCAGCUGCCCUUCGACUGACUAUUUCCGGCAAGUCAACGACCGGGAAGCUAAUCUCGGUUGCGAGCCGUUGACUCCUUUAUCUUGUGAAUUUUCAUAUGAUCAUGAAUUGUUGCCUCUCACUAACGUCUCUUACUUCAAUUAUGUCGACCCCGAUGCGGCCGCGUUUCAGAGUAUGGUCAGCGAAGAGAGUUGCAGGACGGCUUGUUUGAAGAAUUGUUCGUGCAAAGCCGCGUUUUUUCAGUUCGGUGGGGGAAAUACUUCUCAUGGUAGCUGCUUCUUGCCGUCGGAGAUUUUCUCGAUGCAGACGAAUCAGCCGGCGAUAAGUCAUUACAGUUCUUCUGCAUACGUUAAGGUGCAGAGAAUCCCCUCACCCCCUGCUUCUGCCCCUUCAAAAAGCCCGGAUUUUACUAAGAAGCAGUCUAAAACAGGAAUUGUGCUGGGUAUCGUGCUACCUGGAGUUUUCAUAGUGUUAAUUAUCAUUGCAAUUGUGCUCGGGCUAAGGAGAUGCAAUAAAGAGGAAGGGGACGAGGAGGAACUUUUGGAUCGAGUCCCGGGAAUGCCAAAGCGGUUCUCAUACAAGGAAUUGAAAGAGGCUACUGAGAACUUCUCUAGGAAGCUCGGAGAGGGGGGAUUUGGGUCGGUUUUCGAGGGGAAAAUUGGCGACGAAAAGAUCGCCGUGAAGCGUUUGGAUGGGAUAGGCCAAGGGAAGAAAGAAUUUUUAGCCGAGGUUGAGACUAUUGGUAGCAUUCACCACAUUAACCUAGCAAAGAUGGUUGGAUUUUGUGCUGAGAAAACGCAUAGGCUUCUUGUUUACGAAUUCAUGUGCAACGGCUCGCUUGAUAAAUGGAUCUUCAAUGCGGAUCGAAUCUCCCUUCUUGAUUGGCAUACUCGGCGCAAAAUUAUCUUAGACAUAGCAAGGGGUCUUUCGUAUCUCCACGAAGAGUGUAGGCAAAAGAUUGCUCACUUAGACAUCAAGCCGCAAAAUAUCCUCUUGAACGAAAAUCUCAAUGCUAAAGUAUCUGAUUUUGGAUUAGCGAAGCUAAUCGACAGAGAUCAAAGCCAGGUAAUGACUCGAAUGAGAGGCACACCCGGGUACUUAGCACCGGAAUGGUUGACUUCGAAGAUCACAGAAAAGGUCGACAUCUAUAGCUUUGGUAUUGUUGUAAUGGAGAUUUUGUGUGGGAGAAAGAACUUGGAUUACUCUCAGCCUGAAGAGAGUAUACAUCUAAUUAGCUUGUUGCAAGAGAAAGCUAAAGCCGGUCGGUUGUUAGAUAUAGUCGAUUGUUCCAACGAAGAUAUAAAGUGGCCUGAAGAUGAAGUUAUCGAAAUGAUGAAACUUGCGAUGUGGUGCCUGCAGAUCGAUAGUAGUAGAAGGCCUCCAAUGUCUACAGUAGUGAAGGUUCUGGAAGGAGCGACCGGUGUGGAAACUAGUCUUAAAUACGAUUUUGUAGCUACUAGUACAGUAACGUCUAGCGGAGAUGAUCGUCUACACUCUUUGUUUGUUCCUUCUGCAUCAGUUUUAUCAGGACCUAGGUGAAAAAAUAAUUUAUGUGAGCUUGCAAUUGCGGUUCCAUAUCAUUUACAUUUAAUGCACAAGAAAUUGUUCUAUAGGCUAUGUUCAAUUUUCCAAGCUAAUUGUACUAUAUAGGUUUUGAUUUUAUUUCUCAAUCUGAAUUUGUAUGACUUAUAUGCUGAGCUGAGUUAAGACGAAAUCAA